AUGAAAUGCAUUCAUCUAACUGUGAAUCUUAUUUUAAAGUAUUCCAGAUGUGUAGAGGUUAUUGCUAAAGAAGGACGGAACCUGAAAGAGCUAUAUUUGGUAUCCUGUAAGAUCACUGAUUAUGCUCUGAUAGCCAUUGGCCGAUACAGCAUGACAAUAGAGACGGUGGAUGUUGGGUGGUGUAAAGAAAUCACAGACCACGGAGCCACCCAAAUUGCACAAAGCAGCAAGUCUCUCAGAUAUUUAGGGCUGAUGAGAUGUGAUAAGGUAAAUGAAGCCACAGUGGAACAGCUUGUGCAGCAGUAUCCACACAUAACCUUCAGUACUGUACUACAGGAUUGCAAGAGGACCCUGGAACGUGCUUAUCAAAUGGGCUGGACACCCAAUAUGUCAACUGCCUCCUAAUGUCCUGUCAUAUUACAGUCCAAUUCUGAUGUAUUUAGUAGGUCUAUUGGGGAUUGCAGAUUUUGGUUGUACAAUGUUAUUGAGAUAUUUAACAUUUUUGCUUUCUGUAAAAUAUGUGCUGAAGAGUUGUUCCCAACCUGCUCCUUUUAUUUUUAACAUAUUAACUGAUGGAUCCUUGAGGUAAUGAGCAUUUUUGUUUGGUGGUCUCGCCUGGAAAUUUAAGAGGAAAUUCUACUCUCUAGUUGUAGUCAGACAUAUGUAACUGUCCUGGAUGUUAAAUUGUCACCCUAAAAAUCUGCAAGUCCCCGGUGACAUAGAAGAGGGCUCACAACCUUUCUUGAUGCAAUAUAAUAGUAAGUUUACACAAGUUGCAGUAACAUGGAAAUACUAUACACUGAUUUAAUGUACUGUAAACUAUGUAUUAAGGUUAAAACAGAUCUUUAGAAAUGCAUUGUAUCUUUUUGUAUGCAUAAAUACAAUAUAAAAGCCUUUGGCAGAUUUCCUGAAUUGGAUUCCUUCUAGUUCUGUGGAUAGUUUGAAUUAUAGAAGAUAUUAUGUCUGGUUGGGGUUUGGUUUUUUUUGUUUGUUUUCUUUCCUUUGCCUCAGUCAUAUGUAUUUCCUUUGGUUUGUAAGCAGUAACUCAAUGCUAGUACCAGUGUAAUUGAUUGGUCUAGACCUUUGCUGAAAUUGGGAACUAAUCCUAAUGCAUAUUAAUAAGUAGACUGUAGCCACCCCUAUGUUUUAAGAUGCACAGGAAUAAGAGAAUCAACAAGUAAGUGUGAUUUUCUUGAAAACAUUAUUCUAAUUAUCAAAAUAAUUAUUUUAAAAUUAAUUUUGAAUGAAACCUUAAUAAAUUAUGGUAAUUACUGAAUGGAUAUUUAAGUAGACAAUCUUGGUUUUGUUGUACAACUGCAAAAAUGAUUUCCCUUUAAAUAGUCAUGUAGACAAUGUCAUAUAGAUUUCUCAGUUUUUGCACCUUGCAUUUUUGUAUUCGGUGAGCUCUUUAAUUUACUACAGAUAGCCUAUUCCCACCUCGUGAGGUAACCUGCUGUAUAGACGAUGCUAGCUGUGGAGAAAUAAGUGAUAAGACCCUGUUUUUAUAUAUUAUUAAAAUAAUGACUGCUCCAGUUUUUUUAAAAGAAACUUUCUGAAUGAACCAGUCUUCUCUGACUAUGCUCAUAUGUUCCCUGGUAGUAAUGUUUCAAAUAAAAAAAGAAAAUACAACAGAUAAAAGCAACACAGAUGAUUUUUCCUCUGAUUAAAUGCUUAUUUUCUAAUUUAGGAUCCAGUCCUGAUCACUAAUGAAUGUGUGAGUUGACCUCAGAAAAAUGUUGUGUGGGUGUCAAGUCCAAACACAGAUAUCCCUUUGCAGGACUGGGUCCUUAUAUUAGAAGAGAACAAAUGCUGUGGAGGAAAAUGCUUCUUGCAUCCUCUCAAUUUUAAGUCUAAGAAUUGUACUAUAUUAUUUUCAUAUUUAUUCCCCAACUACUGAAGACUACUUUAGUUGGUAAUAUUAUACAUGUUUUUAAUCCAAAACUGAUUUAUAAGAUAGUAUGUGCAGAAAAAAGCUGGAGUGAAUACAUAAAAAGUUUAAUUUUCGGUAUGUCACACUGUAUUCUAAAGACUUAAAUUUGACAAGAAGAUAUUGAAAAUACAGACAUUGCAGCUUCAGUUUGAAGCUGCCUUAACCUUUAGAGUAUUACAAUUUGGUGAAAGAUGAAUUUUUAGUUGUAUAACACUGCAAAUUUGCUUUUUAAAGGUUACAGUGUUUUAAUCCAAAAUAUCAAAUGUUCAUACUUCAAUUGAAGAGUUGCCAUUAUUGUCACAAUGUUUUGCUAAUCCAAGAGAACUGAUGCAGCAUAACCUAGAAAACAGCUUAACUGUGCCUGUAAGUCUGCCAAAACCGUAUGUCCAGUUCCAUAGCAUUAAUUCCUGAAAACAAGGGAAGGAGUCAGUUCCCAGUAAUUUUAGUGACCAUUGUUGAAUGUCUUAUUAGACACUCCAAAAUGAGGUUGAAACCAUUUCUCUGGAUACAAUAUAGAGUUUUUGCUUGGAAUGUCGUAAAUACAUGCGAACAUGUAAAAUGCUGGGCUUUUUAUCUACUCCAAAAUGGCAACAGUAUUUUCAGAAUAAAGACAAUGAGUGCUAUGGCAAAUAUAGUAUAGACCCUUGGUCAUUUGUCUUGAAUGUCUUUUUAUGAGUACAACAAGAUAAUUCACUCCAUUUGUAAGUUUCUAUUUUUCCGUGAAACUUUUGACCUUACAAUGGGUUGCAAUAAAAGAGAGAAGCAAAA